AUGGAAUUGAAAGAACCUGGACCAGAAGCAUCGCCGCCGUCGACACCACAGCGGCGCCGUUCAGUCUGCAAUAACUGCGACCGUCCGAUUCCAGUAUGUCUGUGCCACGUCAUUCCGGUCCCGCCGAUUCAGACAAAUACACAGAUCAUAAUAAUCCAACAUCCACAUGAGUCUAACCAUAAACUCUCCACUACACCUCUUCUCACCAAAUCACUCCUCAACGCCACCUCUCUCACCUCCCAGCGCCUCACCCUUAACCUCCUCCGCCGCCUUCCUCCGGCCAACGCCGCCGCCACUUUCUACCUUUUCCCUCCUACUCCCACCUCGCCAGCCAUAACCCUAACCGAACUCAAAAAAUCAAUACAAAACAAAAACACUGACAACACUCCUAUAGUUUUGAUCGCGUUUGAUGCCACGUGGAAACAUGCGAAGGAGAUGGUGAGUGCUAGCGAAGGGUAUUUGAGUACAUUUGCGACUAGGGUUUGUUUAAAUGGUUUUGAUGAGAGCAUGGAAGGAGGGAGCAUUUACGAUUCAGAGUUAGUGUUGAGGAAGGAACCGUUCAGCGGCUGCGUAAGUACGUUGGAGGCGGUGGCGCGGUGGUUAGGAGCGGUGGAGACAAAUGGGCCGGUUAUUGAAGAACGAUUGAUUACGGUUUUGAGGGAGAUGGUUAGAUUGCAGGCCCAGUUUUUGAAGCCCAUGAAGCCCAGGCCCAAGUUAUUGAAUAAGAAGAAAAAUAUAACUAAAGUAAUUGAGAAACAAAGUGAAGAAGAAAAUUAGAAUUUGUUGAGUUGUAAUUCAAAAUAUUAUCAUUCAAUAUUUGCAUCACUAAAUGAGAAAUUAAUUACAUUUAUAAGAA